AUGACACCAAGGAACGUAACAGGAUUUUCAGAAUUUCUUCUUCUGGGAUUCUCAGAGGAACCAGAACUGCAGCCACUCAUAUUUGGGCUUUUCCUCUCCAUGUACCUAAUCACUGUGUUUGGAAACCUGCUCAUCAUCUUGGCCAUCGGCUCAGGCUCCCGCCUCCAUAUGCCCAUGUAUUUCUUCCUCUCCAACCUCUCCUUUGUAGACAUCUGUUUCACCUCCAUCACCAUCCCAAAGAUGCUGUUGAACAUUCGCACCAAGAGCCAAGUUAUAACCUAUGAAGGCUGCAUCACCCAGGUGUAUUUUUUAAUGCUGUUUGCUGGGUUGGAUGACUUACUCCUGACUGUGAUGGCCUAUGACCGCUUUGUCGCCAUCUGCCACCCCCUGCACUACACAGUCAUCAUGAACCCACAACUCUGUGGAGUUUUGGUUCUCGUUAGUUGGGUCAUAAGUGUCCUGCAUUCCUUGUUACAGACAUUAAUGGUGUUGAGGCUGUCCUUCUGUGGACAGUUGGAAAUUCCUCAGCAUUUCUGUGAACUCAAUCAGAUACUCCAACUUGCCUGUUCUGACACCUUUCUUAAUGACAUUGUGAUAUAUAUUGCAGCUGUACUGCUGGCUGGUGGUCCUCUCACUGGAAUUUUUUACUCUUACACUAAGAUAGUUUCCUCCAUACGUGGAAUCUCAUCAGCUCAGGGGAAGUAUAAAGCAUUUUCCACCUGUGCAUCUCAUCUCUCAGUGGUCUCCUUAUAUUAUUGUACAAGCUUAGGAGUGUACCUUAGCUCUGCUGCUACCCACAGCUCACACUCAAGUGCAAUGGCAUCAGUGAUGUACACCGUGGUCACACCCAUGCUGAACCCUUUCAUCUAUAGUCUGAGGAACAGAGACAUAAAGAGGGCGCUGAAGGCAUUCUUCAGAAUGGCAGCUAUAAAACACCACUUGCCCUGA